AUGAAAGAGAUGAGGUUGGGGAUUGAGCAAGGAAAGGCGCGGAUAGCGUCUCGUGAGAAAACACGAGACGCCCGCCGUUCGAGCUCUUUGCAAAGCGGCCAUCAGCUUCUCUGCUUCGAAAUCAAUGUCUUCAUAAUCCAUUCAUUUCAAAUCGACGUCACGUCUGACCCAAAUGUCACGGACUAUCAUCUCAUAGUUUGUAUCUCUUCCCUAAUCCGCCUAUUCCUCUCUUUCUCUCUCUCUCUCUCUCUCUCUCUCUCUCUCUCUCUUUCUGUCUCUUGUAAGAAUGGCGCCACCCACACUGUGACAACGCCCUCAUUCCAUCAAACUGACGCACCACAUACCUCUACCUUCCACACCCUACCCAGCGCCUUGUCCUCCGCCCACGCCAUCACUCACAGCCUUGUCAGGGGAAUUACAUACCUUCGGAACCGAAAAAUUGCUCAGGAAUUCCUCAUUUCGAUUCGACGCGUUUUUCUCCAUAGGAAGCCACUUAACCAAAAGAUGGUUCACGGAAAGUCUUCUUCUUUCGAUCAGCCUACAUUCUUCGAGAUAUUCGUUAUUAUUAUUUUCCCUCCCGUUUGGCCGAAUACUGCCACUUGGGAAAAGUAUCUCUCUCUCUCUAUCAACUUACGUCUAUCACUUUCUAUUUAUCAUUUCACUACUACUUUCUCAAUUUUCAGCAACAAAAACAAUAUGCCUGCCAGAAAGCGAACAUUUUUUCAGCUAUAUUUCUCAAAUCUCUCUUCUUUUUAA